GGGCCCCUUUGCUAUUUUUGUGCCUGGGUCCGCACGUCACGGUUGGGUAUUUUCUCUGGUGACUAGCUCGCAUCAAUAGAUCUUCUAAUGUACACCCAGUCAGCCAGCAGCUUCAUGACUGAUGGGACUUUACCUUGCUAAUUUAUUUCAGUAUUGUUACCCCGACAUGAGGAGAAUGGAGAAACGGACUAUGCAGCAUGAGGAAUGUCACAUGUGACUGUCGAUAUGGGACAGGGGACUAUUCAAAUGUCAGGUUUGUAUGAGGAUUAUAUUUGAUAUCUGAAUGUCAGCUGCCAUAUGAACCGAGGAUUUUUCCCCCCCCAUCAGACCGUGUGCUUUAUGUCAUUCUGAUCACAGUGAGAGCUGCUGAUUGAUUCUGCAUGCUAUGUGCUACGUUGCUGUCAGAGCACCACAGAGGGUUUUACCAUCCAGCGUCUCUGAAGUCAUCUCUGUAUGAUAUUUAUGGAUUUGUUGUCAGCAUGACAACAAAUCCAUAAAUAUCAUACCUAUCACGCCUGUUCCCUUUAAUGGCCAACUUAGCCUCUAUAUGAUGUAAUGCAGCGGCAUAGUGGUGCUCUCCUUAACCAGCAUUUGUUUUCUCAUUGCCCUCUCUCGUGUGUGGAGAGCAGUAAGGGAUGUGCCCUACGAAUGUCUGCUGUUCAAAUAAAUCUCACCAUGAAGUCAUUUCUCCAUCCAUGCGGGCAUACUGUACCACAGUCAGCCCACAGUCAUCCCGAAACACACCUACUGCCUCCCACCUGCCUGCUGUUGUUGCACGUCAAUGCUGCUGUGUCAUAUAUUUCCGUAUAUGUUAGUGCUUGUUGCUGGGAGCGAGAGUAAUUUGCAGUGAAUUGUCUGCUGGUACAGCAUUUAUAUCCAAAUAAGAAAAGUAUGAAUCUGUUGAGAGAUUUGUCAAUGAGACUCUGAAUAUGUCGGCUCUGUUCGCUCUCUAUCGCGCUUAGUCUAAAGGUAUGCAUUGUUUCUGAGGGUCUUAUCUUGCUGUCACUCUGCACCCAUAUUCCCCUUUCCUCCACUCGGAGCUCACACCGAGGAUGGAAAACUAAGCAAUGAGGUCAGACCGACCUUGAAGGGGAGCUCCCUACCGGGCCUCUGAAUUUAUUUACCCCCAGGCACCCCACUUAGUUCACCUCCGUAAACCUCCCUGUUAAAACAUGGAUCGUUCCAAUCUGAGGCAUGCGCUCGCCAUCCUUCAUUAUCUUUCCUCUAUCCUGCUCUGGAAGAAGCCCUUAAAUCUGUCCGAAAGCAGAGCUUAGGCACUGGGCUUUUGCACAACAACAAAAAACAACAAAGGGGAGAUUAUUACAGAUUACAGCUGUUUUCAAGCAUCUCUUGAGUCACCUUGGAUUCAUAUCCUCUGGUUAAUGCCUGAGGAGAGUGUGGUGCGCUAACAAAGAAAGAGAGGGAGUGAGAGAAAGAGAGUGAGAGUCGGAGGAUGUCCUAAUUAAGGGGAACUCAGAGGGUUUGAACCAGAUAAUCUUACAUAACCUCGUUAGGGGAGGACACAGCAUUUGAUACUGAGAAGAUGGAAAUGACGUGCCCUCAGAGACGCAUCCCCAUGGCAUGAAGCGAAAGUAUAGCGGCAAAAGCAAUUCACUUUAACCGCGGGGGAGGAUGAGGUUUCUUCUUGGAGUCCGGCGUGUUUAUGAGCAGGACGGCACGUCAUCCCGUGCAGCUCUGUGUGUAAACUAUGAUGACACUAGAGAGACAGACAGGUUAAAGGGUGUGAAUCCCACCAGAGACAAGAGCCCUGAAGGUGUUAUACUGUGAUUCUGGCAUUGGAAUAAAGACUUAAGCAUUGUAUUUUAUGUAGAUAUCACAUCGAAAAGGGCCACAGCUGGACUCAUUGACCAUGAUCUACAGUAACUGUCUGUCACUUGUGUGUGCUGGCAUGCAUCGACACACACACACACACACACACACACACACACCGUCAUACUUUUUUUUCUGACAUUCCCCCAUCUUCUGCAGAGUUUUAUAAUUUUCCCUUGUGUAGAUCAUUUUCACUUUUUUGGCAUUUGCAACAGCCUACCAUGUUGACAAAAACUGAACAAGUGAAAUUGAAAAGUAAAAAUCUGUGAUAUAUGAUAAAGUAUAUGGGUGAUAUAUUGUAGAUAUUUACCUGUUGUUUUGCAAAAUAUAUUAAUAAAGGUGACAAUUCACAUUGAAGGAAAAUACGUUGAUUUUCGUUGAAAGGAGAUGCUGCUGUGAUGAAGGAUUUGAUUCCUAUUCAGCUCUCUCUCUCUCUCACACACAAACACACACACACACAAAAUAAGCGUAUACAACCAUUCAUGGCACACUUACAGUAAAAGCAUUUGCCUUAAAUACCGACACUUUCACAUGGGCAUCUGUCACGGUUGACAUGAGGUACCUUUGGCUUUUUAGAGGCUGUUAAAGAGAAAAUAAUGUUUUUUCCAUUCCUGCUGUGAAGGAGCUCGUUAUGAAUUUUAUUUGAAGGACUUUUGGGAAACAGCUUCGCUCUCCCUCUCAAGGAGAGGAUUUAUAGGAGGAGCAUUUUUAUAACUAGAUUACCCUCUUGUGCAUCUGCAUGUGGUCCUAGUUUAGGUGAUUGUUUGUCAUACAUCCAUAUUUGUCUAAUUGUAGUUUCUGUCUGAUUUCUUCCAGGUGACCCUUCCCGGCAAUCAGUUCACGUGUAUGCUAAUAUCACUACGGUUACAUAACAGGUAGUGUCCUUGUAAAUCGAUCCCAAAGAAAGAGACAUUGGAUUUAUGGAGUCACUUGAAACUACUGCAGGGGUGAAAAGCUCCACUGAGGGUCAGGACAGAAAUGUUGUUGCACAGAAAAAAUGCACCUCAGAGGCAGCACAGACUAGGAGGAGUCCAUCAGUCGAAUUGGAAGGCAAAGGGUGGCACCAACAACUGCAAGAAGGUCAGAGCCGAGACACAUGUGGUUUCAAAGAAAUGUCUGACUCAGGGAAAUUACCACAAUUAGAAGAUCAGCACUCCCAAACUCAGUCCGCAAGCCAUCAAGACCAUGAGGUGUCUUCGUAUCCAGUACAGCCCACGAAACCAUUUCCCAUUGGCAGACAGAAAGCUGUAGGUCACUUAGUUUCUGCAGAGUCCCCUGGACCUGUGUCUCACAGGAAGUCCACCAGUUCACCUGAAGUCCAACAACAGUGUUCCCAUUCAGGGAUGGAUCAGCUGUCAGAAGCUGCGUCUAAGGUGGAGCAGAAACCACAAAAGCCUGGGAAGUAUGUUUGUGAUUACUGCGGAAGGGCAUGUGCCAAACCCAGCGUGCUUAAGAAACAUAUUCGCUCACACACCGGGGAGCGGCCCUAUCCGUGUGUCCCGUGUGGAUUCUCCUUCAAAACGAAGAGUAAUUUAUACAAACACAGAAAGUCCCACGCUCACGCGGUCAAAGCUGGAACAGUGCCACUCUCAGAACUGGGUUCUUACAAUGCCAACACAGACCAGGGGUCUUUUGAAGGGGAAGGAGAGUUAUUCUCUGAUGCUGAGCAAAGCACGGACACGGAUGAGGACACUCUUAACGACCCGCUGCUGCUGCUGGACUCUCCAGUGGACGGAUCAGAUAACACUGCUGUAAAAGUACUAAAUCUCAUUGCUCAGAAGAAGGGAGCCACGUCGAUCUCAGCUCAGGAUGGUUCAUCCCAGCCCCAAGAAAUCAAUGCACCUCCAGCUGGUACCGAGGCUAGCCGUGCAAUUCAAUCUUGCACGAUCAAACAGAGGCUUGCACUUCGGCUGUCUGAAAAAAGAAGCAGCGACUCGGACCACAAUCUGUCCCUCCCGAGUCAGUCUAGCAAGGGCAGCACGGACUCCGGCUACUUCUCGCGCUCCGAGAGUACCGAGCACCAGACCGGUCCCCCCAACACUAACGCAAAGUCCUAUCAAGAAAUCAUGUUUGGGAAGUGUUACAGGCCAAGCCCUAAACAGACGGCAGCUUUUGUGGCUUGUAGCACCGACUCAAGUGAAUACACAGGGAGACGCUCGGAGAAAGGCGUUUCCCGUGUUUUCACCCAAGAAAAAGACACCGUUGAGCCAAUCAAAAUAAACACAAAAUCAUUCUCGAGAGAGGAGGUAAAAGAACCGCAGUUAGACGCUGGCUCUGAUGUAGGGACUCUGAUAAGAAGCAACUCAAUGCCAACAUCCUCGGCAGUGUGUCUGACUAUGCCUCAAGCCCUCAGAGGCAGCCACUCUUUUGAUGAAAGAACAAGCACCGGGGGCAUGAGGAGGCUCAGGCGGCAAGCUGCUUUCGAACACUCCGCACAUGACGGCCACGCAGACGCAGACAGCCACGGAAAGAUGAGCGAGAGUGGCAUUUCACCCUCAGGAUUGGAGAUGGAAAAUUACCCCUCCAUGGCAUCUAAUAUGAGCCAUCAGAGACACGCAAUGGAACUGGCAACGCGGAAGCGUCGGAAAGAGAAGAGGGAGGAGGAAGAUUUGCCAGGUCAAUAUGAGUGCCUUCACGAACAAUGUGAAGAAAUGUUUGACUCAAGUAAGGACUAUGAUUCAAAACAAGCUGCUGUGGGCCUUAUGGCAUUAGGACAAGGACAUUCUUCAAGUAUGCUAACGCAGAUGGACAGGUGUGACAUGGACAUAUCAGUGAGCCCUGAAAUGUCCGGUAGGAAAACUUUAGGGAAUGUAAUUUCUGUUAUCCAGCACACAAACUCAAUAAACAGGACCCACUCUGAACAGUCAGAAUCAUACAAGUACCAUGGGCAGAGACAGGAUAGUAUUUCUUUGUUUCAAGCUAUGGAGGCAAGUGAAUCAUAUGAGUUGGAAAGGAGUGAUGGCAGGCUAAGGCAAUCAUUUCAACUGGGACCCAAACUUGUGCGACAGCCCAACAUACAAGUCCCAGAAAUCAGGGUGACAGUAGAGCCUGACAGUCCAGAAAAAGCUCCUGAGGUGCAGGUGAAGGAGCCAGAGAAGCACGUGGAGGAGUUUCAGUGGCCUCAAAGGAGUGAAACUUUAGCACAGUUCCCUCCAGAAAAGCUCCCUCCAAAGAAGAAAAGGCUACGCUUAGCUGAUAUCGAGCAUUCCUCUGGCGAAUCUAGUUUCGAGUCUGCCUGCACUAGUCUCUCCCGCAGCCCGAGCCAAGACAGCAACUUAUCUUAUUGCUCCGCCUUCUCCUUUGACAGGGAGGAGAGUUUGAAGUCAGUCUCUCCAGCCAGGCAGGAUGAAUUUGGCAAACCGCUAGAGCUCUUAGCAGUACCAGGGAGUGGGCACUCCCUCUCUGUGCUCAGCCAGCGUCAACAACAUGAAAUGAGACGCUCCUGCUCGGAGCAGGCGCCGUGUAACUUGCGCAGGGAGUUCCCAGAGGUACGCAGCGUAUCAUUUGAUUAUGGCAGCCUUUCUCCAACAUCCAAAGUUAGACCGGUGGACAUCAGCCUCUCGGCGUCGAGGGAGAGAAGGAGGGGAAACUUGGUGCGGCAGGAGUCAUUGAAUAUGGACACUGAGGUAACACAAGUCCCAUCACAAGUGUUUCCGCAGCACCUCAGCAGCACCUCCCCUCCAUUCACAGCAGUUGCUGUUCUGCCGCAGACUUUGCCAAUAUUCUCCACGGGGAAUACAUUCCCCCAGCUGUCACAUCCGAGCCUUUUAGUUCCCGUACGAUUACAGACUCAUGUGCCAUCCUACGGCAGUAUCACAUACACUUCAGUAUCACAGAUUUUUGACAAUCAGUAUGACAGUGUUAGCUCCACUACGUCCUCCUCUCAGAAUCAGAUUUCCCGUUUGUCUGGAAAUCUUGAUUCUCAUAACAUAUUAGCUUAUACCAGACCACCUUCGAUGCACACCCUCAGUGUAGAAGCCCUUGAUUUGUCUUCAGCUAAGCUCAAGACAGGCAUCCCGCUCUCCCUGACCUCCAGAACUAUCUCAACCACUAACGCCUCCAGUGGUGGCACCAACAAACGGAUGCUGUCCCCUGCCAGCAGCCUGGACCUUUUCAUGGAGGUCAAGCAGCAAAAACGUGUGAAAGAGGAAAGAAUGUUUGGGCAGAUAGUAGAGGAGCUGAGUGCUGUGGAGUUGGGAAAUUGUAAUUUGAGCGAAGAGAAGGGGCACAGGUCAGAGAUGCAGGGCGCAUCCACACCUCAUGCUCAGGAUGACUCACGUAUGAGUAAAUGUAUCACACUUCAACAGAAAGUGACAGAGGACUCUGAACACGGCGUUGAGUCAGCCAUGGAAAGUAGCUCCACGGAAACCAGCUCACCUCCCUACUCCAUGAUAUCAGUCAGCGAAGUGAAAGAAGUUGGCAUGGAGAAACGAGCGCAGAUGGACAUGGUGGCGCAGCUGGUCACCAGUCAAGACGGCCUGAUCUCAGACACAGAGAAUUCAAGACUUCUAUCUCAGUUUCCAAGUCUUCGCACGACGACAGGAGUGAGCUGGUGUUAUCUUAACUACACCAAGCCGAGCUGCUCUCACAGCAACGCCCCUUUCUCCUCCGUGUACACCACCUGGUGUGUGAGUUCCCACAACCCGAACCCUCUUGAGCUGAGUACCAGCACUGCUCUGGCUCUGCUGCGGUCCAAACAGAGGGGAGACAAGGUUAUAUACACCGUGGCAGCCAUGUGUCAGCCUGGCGCGGGGAAACUGGUGUCUUCCCUCAUCCUGUGGAGGCAGACCAUGGAACAGCUGCAGAGGAAACCGGAGCCCAAAGAGGUGGACAUCACCUACGGGAAGAAGGUGAAAGACAUCAGCUGCAGAGUGAAAACUGCCAAGGAGGAGUGGAAAGAGAGGGAGGCUUCCACACCCCAAACAGUGCCAACACGCAUUAAGAUCUUCGAGGGAGGGUACAAGUCCAAUGAAGACUACGUGUAUGUCAGAGGUCGAGGCCGGGGUAAAUACAUUUGUGAGGAGUGUGGUAUUCGCUGUAAGAAGCCGAGCAUGCUGAAAAAACACAUCAGGACCCACACAGAUGUGAGACCCUACAUCUGCAGGGUCUGCAACUUUGCUUUUAAAACUAAAGGAAACCUGACGAAACAUAUGAAGUCAAAGGCACACAUGAAGAAAUGUCUUGAACUGGGAGUGUCAGUGACGAUGGACGACACGGAGAUACAGGAACAUGUGGACGACAGCCAACAAGAGUCCAAGACAGAGGCGGUAAUCACAGCCAAACACCAGUUCUCAGACGUUGAGGACUCUGACGGCAUGGACGAAGACAUCGACGAAAUUGACGAAGACGAUGACGAGGACGACGAAUACGAGGGCGACUCCACUCCAAAGUUGCGUUCAAGAAGCACGAGUCCUCAGCCGUGUGGAGUUACUUCUCUGGCAGUCACAGCCACCGCCGCUCUCCACGUCUAUUCUCUCACCUCUCUGCCCGGCGCCGAUGUCCGCCAACAGUCCUCUGACCGGCGGACCGGCUCGGAUCAUCGACCCGUCCUUGCAACCGACCAGAGGGAGAAGUCUGUGGAUGAAGACUCUCUGACUAUGCUGUCUCCAGACCAGGCCGGUUUCCUAUUUGACCCCUACUCUUCCUGUCUGCUCUCUCCUGGUUGGGAGUCUCCCAUCAGGGAGCCCUCCCCUUCACGUCUGCGUUACCCGUCCCCGAGGCGAGAACUCUCUCCGCGAGGUCGCUCCUCUCCCAGAUGGGACACCUCCCCGCUGCGACCUGGCUCGCCCGGCUUCACACCCAUUCAGCACCUCUCUCCGGUCUCCAUUGAGCGACCGGUGUCUCCUGGAACAGAGCUGGCUGGAAAGCGAGAGUCCUCAGUCAGAGGCCGGCAGAGAGUCGUGCUGAGGGCGGUUUCGCCACGGAGAGGCUCGCACCAACACAGAGGGAGUGGUGAUAAAACCCGACACCAGGCAAAGAUGGAGAUGGCUCAACACGGAGCCUUUGAAAUGGAAAUGGAUCAAAGGAGCAGCUUGGCUUCCAGUCUGCCCGGUGCUGCCAGUUCUCAUCACCAGAACAUCCUCAGCCACCUCCCUCUUCACUCCCAGCAGCAGUCCCACAGUUUGCUCCCCGUCGUUCCUGUCGGAGGGUUCCAGAUGUUACACUCCCCGCCUUCCUCCAGCACUGAUGUCACCCUUUCCUCGGCGCCGAGCCCCCAGAGCAGCGAGGGCCAGCGUUGCAGCAGCAGGGAGGGAUCUGUCCACGGGCCUGAGUCUGGAGGAGAGGACACCAGAGGCCAGAGCCAGCUGUCCACCCAUCAGGCCUCUCAGGAGAAAAGCCUCGACCCUGGCAUCAGGGACAGCGGACAGGAGGAGAACGUCCAGACCUGCUUGAAAGCCAUCGCCUCGUUGAAGAUCACCACAGAGGACCCUCACUGAAACCCCCUUUUUCUGUCUCCUUGAUUUGACCCGGGAACAGACAACCCCUCCCCAUGCAACACCUGCAACCUUGUCGUCCUCAGCCCUUUAGGCACUAACCUCAUCUUUAUCCAAUUAGAGGCAAUGUAAUAACACUUCCUCGGGUCUUGCACACAUUUCAGACAGCUCCUUUUAGAUCUGAGUGGAGAGCAAACCUUCACAGUGAAGAAGAAACCCACUCUGUCUGAUGUGCACUUCUCUUCAGAGACUCUUUGAAAUGAUUGGACGAGCAGCAGGAUGUCUUGCGAGGUGGAGAAUCAUUAUUGGGUGCAGGUGCAAUAUGGAAAGAUAUUAUGCUAAUAUGCCUUUGUUUGACAUAGUAGUUUGCGUACUAUUGCACAUAAAUUAUAUUUAUGGAUUCUGUACAAAUGUCCUUAACAUAUACUCCUUCUUAGAUGCAUACAAACAGUGUAUUUUACUGUAUGUGUACUUUGAAAAUAGACUGUUGUUUAAUGUUAUCAUAUCAAGGUGUGACGCAGUAGUGCAGUAAAUAAAGACUAUUUAUAAGGGGAAAAGUAUGUGUAUUAUGAAACAGUCUGACCAAAUUUUAAGUAGACGCUUCUUGUGCAGUUUGGUGCUUCUAAUCAAGCGGCAAGGGUCUGUGCCUUUAUUUUGCUUUUCAGCAUUUUGUUACGAGAAGGUUGUUGCGGAAUGAGGAAAUAUGCCGAGGUAGGCUUUAUUCAGAAGUGUCAGCGCUGUCAAAGAGUUCGCUCAAAGAAAAGCUUUUUCUUUCUUGUUCCGUCAGUUAUGCCGACAGACGGAUGCAGCUUGAUUUAUGUGAAACAAUCUUAAAAAAAAUGUUUCUUAUGUUGCAUUUUUCUAAAUGUUGUGGUUUUUAUCUUGGUAAAAAUGCAUGGGAUUUGCUAUUGCACAAAAAUAGAGGAAGUUAAUAUGUAAUUAUGAAUACUGUAAGAUGUAUUUAUAUAUUAGAACGUGAGCACUUAUUGAUACUGGUAAAUAUUUGACUACUAUUUAUAUGGUAUAUCUGUACUUAUGCAGCAGUGAUGCAGUUAUGCAGUGAGCCACGCUGGCAUUGCUUUUGAUCUCAUGUAUUUGCUUUGAUUAAACAGCGUUUAUUCUCUCUCUCUCUCUUAUACAGAUGACCAUAAGCAUUUUAUGAGUUUUGACGAUGCACUUUCAUCCUUUCAUCUUUGAUGUUUAACUGACGUGGUCAGUGAAAAUAAGGGAGUAAAACAUGUUAUGUUCUCUUGUGGUUUUUGAAACAUUCCAGUCGUUUUUUCACAUUUCUCAUUUUGUGAAACAUGUUGCACACUAAUUCAAGGGGCUAUGAUGAUCGAUCAAUAGUAUGUUUUCUUGCAUUUCAAGUGUAACUGGAUGAAUCAAUAUCACUUUACUGUAAGUAAUACUAAAGUAAUGAUGUUAACAGCGUCAGUUGGUUGACUAUUACUGUGCUUCGGCUCAAAAUGUAAGUAAUCAUUCACCAAAUGCAUUACUUCUCCUCUGUACAUAUAUGUGUAUUUUUAUGAUUUAAACUAUUUUUGCAGUGUUGAAUUCUGAGAACUUUUUAAUGUGGAUUGUUUAUAUCUCUUUACGAGGUAACAAGUCUGCAGUUGACAUAACGGAGGUUUAACGAGGGCGAAAAUAGCACAGUGUUGAUCGCUAACUCCGUGUGUCUCAUCUUUUAAAAAAAUAAAUAAAUAAAGUGUAUUCACAUCUUCAAGUGGUUAUGUUACCAGUUUGAGAAUGAAUUUCAAAAAUCAGAAAAACACUUUGUUCACUCAUGUUUACAUAAAAGAAUUUUAAAAGGUGCACUGCUUUAAUCUUGUGUUUCCCUUUUCUGAAGAUGUACGUAGCUUUGAUUUCAUGUCAUUUUUAUUUGUCGUGACGGUGCAGAAUGCUCAUGAAAUGUGAAGGGAAAGCGAAGCCUUCCAUUUGCUUUGGCACACAGUAUGUAUUCAGAUUGUGUUUGUGUUUUGUUUUUAUUGUGUACUUAUAUUUAACUGAACUGCUUUGUGCCUCUCAUGUCUAUGAAAUUCCCUGUAAAACACACAGAGGACAAAUCACUUUACCUCUCAGCUAAGAUCUUUUGAGGACAAAAACCUCAGUAGCCAACCCGUUGUUUAGCUAUUUGCAUCGAAACUGGUUAGUCAGGACGGAGUGCCUCUUUUAUGCUAUGGGGACUUUAUUGUUUGGUGCUCUACUUUUUUCAGAUUAAAUUCAAAGUUGUUUGAAAAGAA